AUGCAAAGUGUACACGGGGAAUUAUCUGUUGCAAGCAUUGGAGCUGAUGAAUCACUAAUCAUUUUGAGCAGAAAAAGACCUAUGUCUCAUUCAUCCAAUCCCAUAAAAUGCCUCGCAGUUACAUUCUAUCGACAUUUGCAACCUUUACGCUUUGCUUUGAAUGUUUUUGAUUUGUUCAUAUCCUUCAAACAUAUCAACAUCACGAAUCAGAAAAAUCCAUUACUUUCUCAAGCUGUGGAUCGUCUCUGCAUUUGCAAAACCAUAAAGUCAUCAUGGAAUAGAGGUCAACUUAAAUCUCCUUUCGGUUUCUCGAUCAGCUCAGUCUCUGAUAUGGGUACCUGGCUUCUGGAAAACUCUCAGUUUAAUGCCAUGCGCCUAGAAGAAGUUAUCUGUCAAUUAAUUUGGCAAGUUACUCAGUCAGAACCCAGCUGCUCACUGGAACGUUUAAUUAAAUAUCUUGACGAUGUAUAUAACGACGUGAGACUUCCUAAACCUUCAUUGAGAGAAGUAAAUAGUUCUCUGUCAGCAUUAACUAGAGCUGGAGCUAUAUAUUUUAGUGGUCGAGGUUAUAACCUUUUAACACCAGAGAAGUUGGCUGUUGCAAAGUGGCUUGAAAGUGUACCUGAAACGAAAGCGCCAAUAGCAGAAACAGAACUCUUUGGCUCAAAUGUUUCAUCAUCGGAUCGAGUUAACUCUCCAGAUAAUAAUCAAGGCAAGGAUCAACUUUGUGCUAGUAAACAUAAAUUCGGAGGUAAUGAACAUUAUCGAAACACUAGUGCUUUGAUGCCAGUCCCUGAAAAUGCUGAACAAGAUCAUGUUUUAAAGUCACACACUUUGCAUUCCAUGAGUUCAGAUCAAUAUCAAAACGGUCCUAUGCGUCCGUGUAAUCCGAUUACACCUGUUUCACUUUCCAGUGUUCGCUUAAAGUCUUCCGAUUCUCAGUUUCCGAUAAGUUACGAAACAAACAGAAUUAAUGGUCGUUGUGCAUCUGGAGCUCAACCUGGACCGACAGUUUUUCAUACUGUCGAUCAAUCUGAAACUGGAGUAAUUAGAUUCUCAAAACAUGCCAAACUACCAUCCACCAAAAAAUUUCAGCCUCCCGGUUUGUUUAAAUGGCUUUUGAGUCGUCUUCAUCAUAUUCGCCUUUCCUGGCGUCGUAGUCAUCAUUCUUGUUUUGAUGAUAAGAUUAUCGACCCUCAAAAACGUGUGAUAUCUACGCGAAUACUGAAUUCAAAGAAUGAAUAUUAUACUCACUACCCUUUUGAAAACGGUGUAUUUGAAGAUUAUCAGAUGUGUCGGCAAAGUGUUUCUCCUAACAAUCUACGCAGAUGUUUUAGCUUGUCAGAUGGAGGAAAAACUAAUAAAGUCGAUAAUCAGACUGUAAAGAACUGUUGUUCUGGCGUCGAUUCAUCAUUCUUCCCAAGCAUUUCGAAAACAGAAAGCAAUAUCAGUGAUCACAGGAAACAAUCAAGCUAUUCAUAUAAAGAUUUACACUGGAUUUCUCAAAAGAACUUGAUCGAGAGCCCGUCUUUUAUCUCUCUAACUGUUAGUCCGCUUCCAAUUUCAAAAAACCGCUUCCUAAAUGAGAAUCGUACUGGAGUAAAAUCAGCACCGCGUCUUCUUACUUCAUCUCCUGUUCUAGUGCGCAACUUUUCGAAAAAUGACUCCAAAAUUUCUGUGCAAGAUAGCAGUAAAACAUCUACCAAAAGAGACAGCGGGUUUGCGGAAGAAACACAUGGACCUUACGUAUUUGGUAAUGUCACACAGUCAUGUCUUUUAAUAUCUCCUGAUGAUCCUCACACUUACCAUAAUUUUAAACCCAGUAGCUCCCGUAAGGCAUCACCUAAUUCCUCAAACCUUUGGUGGUAUACAGGUUCCAAUCUCUUGACACCUUUUGGAGAACUUCCGACACGACACUUCACUACUUCUUAUGUCAAAGUGUCAUGUGACUGA